AUGCUGACCCUUUCCUACUUAAUCGCCGGCGCAGCUUUCGGGAUUAAAGUCUUUUCGUGGCGACAUGGAGAGGAGCUGGACAAUGUGGAAGUCCUCAGACAUUACAACACCACGGAGUUCUCUGUCGCAGAGUUCCCCGCGCCCCAAAUGGACCCGAUUUAAUGUUCUAUCUGCCGCUUACUGCGACACAGGUCUCGUGUGGCCGUAUCACGUCCAAGCAUGCCCCCUGUAAGACACAGUGCAACUUCUUAAAUCCACCGACCUGGGAAGACAGAGCCUGCUGUACCUGAAGGAGAUUGGCCGGGGCUGGUUUGGCAAGGUCCUGCUGGGGGAGGUGAAUUCGGGGCUCGCCAGCACGCAGGUGGUGGUGAAGGAGCUGAAGGUCAGCGCCAGCGUCCAGGAGCAGAUGCUGUUCUUAGAGGAGACUCAGCCCUACCGAGUCCUCCAGCACCCCAACCUUCUUCAGUGCCUGGCGCAGUGUACGGAGAUCACCCCCUACCUCCUGGUCAUGGAGUUCUGCCCCCUGGGGGACCUGAAGGGAUAUCUGCAGAGCUGCGCGUCCUCCGAGUCCACAGUGCCGGACCCCCUGACCCUGCAGAGGAUAGGCUGCGAGGUGUGCUGCGGGCUGCUGCACCUCCACAAGAAUAACUACACACACAGUGACCUCGCUCUGCGGAACUGCCUGCUGACUGCCGACAUGACGGUGAAGAUCGGUGACUAUGGGGUGGCCCAUUCCAAAUAUCGGGAGGACUACCUGGUGACGUCCGACCAACUGUGGGUCCCUCUGCGCUGGAUCGCGCCGGAGCUGAUUGAUGAAGUACAUGGGAACCUCUUGGUGGUGGACCAGACCAAGACCAGCAACAUCUGGUCCCUGGGAGUGGCACUGUGGGAGCUCUUCGAGUUGGGCCGCCAGCCCUACGACACGUAUUCCGACCGCCAGGUCCUCAGCUAUGUCAUCAAGGAACAGCAACUCAAACUACCGAAGCCACAGCUCAAGCAACUGCAGUCGGAUCGCUGGUACGAGGUGAUGCAGUUUUGCUGGCUGCAGCCUGAGCAGAGACCAACAGUGGAAGAGGUCCAUCUACUUCUUUCCUACCUGAGUGUGAAGGGAUCUGGCGAGCUGGAGGAAGAGUUUGAGAAGCGUUGGAACUCUAUGAAACCCAAUGGUGGAACAGAUGGUGGGCCUCACCAUGAGCCUGAGCUGUCUUCUUACCCUCUACUAGAGCACUUUUCUUCGGAUGGGUUCCACUCAGAUGGAGAUGAUGUGCUAACAGUGACUCAGACCAGCCAAGGGCUUAACUUUGAAUACAAAUGGGAACGUGGGCGACAUGAGCAAUAUCCACUGAGCCCCCCGGGUGCCAGCCUUACCAAGAUAUGUACUAUACAACCAGUGCCAGUGACAGACUCAGUCUCGGCGUGUCACCAUCUGGCUACGAUGACAAGGAAUGCAACCCAAACUCCCGCCCGCUCGAGCUGGUACCUGUUCUGAGUGCUCGUAGCCCUUCAGUGGCAGGAGACUACUAUAUUCGUAUUGAAGAGCCUUUGGGGAGCAACGUCGAGCAGGACUACAGCCCACAGCAUGAAGAGCACAGUGUAAAACAAAAGCAAGAACUUUCGACAGAGGACCAACCAUGUGGAGAUAGUCCUUCCAUAAGCCUGUCCAUGGAGGCUCUACUGGAAGUUGUCUGUUCUGCCAGGGAUGAUAGCCCAGUCAACCAGGCCAAAAACCAAUGCUCUAGCCCCUCCUAUGGAGGCGAGGCAAAAGAGAACACGCUUGACUGUUCAAAAGAGGACAGUAACGACUCAAGUGUAUUUGAGGACCCCCUUGGAUCCUCUCCAUCUUUCAAUCAGCUUGGCCAAAACCAUCAUGGCCCAGAUGAAGCAGAAACGAUGGCUACACCUAAAAAUGAGGACUGUAGUAACACCUCUAGAGACCCUAUCGAUCUGGCUGCAGUGAAAUGUGAAGGUGAGGAUGUAGAGGUGGAUCUGCUAUCAAAGACCUCUUGUCCUGUUGCAUUCUCUCCACACUGGGCAUCCAACAUCUCCUCAAACAAUAAUGUCUCUAGUGAACCACAAGAGCAGCCUGGCAUUUGGUUAAAUCCACGCUCGGAGGACUCACAGGAUGGUGAGGUUGAACCAUAUGGCCCUGAAUCAUGGCAGAUUGCAGAGUCUGGGGAGGGGGAUAAUGUCACCUCUUCAACAACAGUAGAGGAUCAGUUUUACGAUGCUGAGGAGUUUGCAACGCUUGAGCCUUCGGUCACGGUGGAAACGGUUUUCCGGCAACUCACACCUCCAGUUCUCUUCUCCAGUGUCAGAAGCAUCUGAUGUUAAAUCCUCAACUUUGCAGCCAAAUGAAAUCAUCCAUCCUCUAGCAUCCCCAGACAGUGAAGAAGUAACCCCUGAACAAGAAAUGGAUCCUCUCGGUGUUUGUUUUAUAGUACAUUCUGAACCUCCUACACACUCGGAACCCACACACGACCUUCACAUAACAGAGGAGGACAUAUCUAUAGCUGGAUCUCAGGGGGCUUCCCUACAAAGCCUAUCAGAUGAACACUGUAAUCUCUCUCUCAGCAAAGACAGCCCCGAGAAAGUGUAUUCCAAAGACUUUUACCAAACUCCCAGUGACAGUGAUGAUGAAGACACCAUGGAGCUGACUUCAGGGGUCUUCACAGACCUGUCUAGUGAGAGAGGAGACACAGCCCCACCUUUCAGAUCCCUACAGAAACAGGUAGGGACCCCAGAUUCAUUAGACUCCCUGGACAUGCCAUCGACCGCUAGCUCUUGCGAUGCUUUCAGCCUUGGAACCUAUGCACCUUCUGCACAGCAUAAAGCACUGGACAGUGGUUAUGACACAGAAAAUUAUGAGUCUCCAGAGUUUGUGUUAAAAGAACCACAAGAGAGCAGGGAGACUGAGGGUUAUUACCAGCUGAGUCAACCCCAAGAACAGAGCCUGGAACCUGGAGAUAUGCCAAUGUCCCGCUCGGUCAGCAGUGACUUACAAGGUCUGGAUGCCAAGAACCCCUACAGAGACUCUGCAUAUUUCUCAGACUAUGACUCUUUCAAUCGAGAGGAAGAGGAGGAAGGAGACCGAGGUGACGAAAGGGAACAGGAAGGAGCCACAAAGACUUCUCACUGUGUAGAUCUAAACUUGGAACCCUCAGCACCUAACUUGGUAGAAAGCACUGAGAGCUUAAAUGAUGACCAAGGACAAUGCACAGCCACUGUAGAGACUGCUAAACCUCCUUCACCCCUGCCUUCAUGUCCUCCAUCAGAAGACUCACUGCUUCAGCUCCCUCUCAUCAUAAGAGAAGAGUCAGUAGAUGAAGGCUUGGGCUUAGAAUGUUCUAAAGACUCUUCUCUUGAUAAGCAACCCAACACCAGUUCCACCAUAAAGUCCGCCUCGCACAGAACCUUCACCCUGUCCCCUGUCCAGCUUUGUCUCACCAAAGCAUGCACUGUAAAGCAGGGCUCAGCGGGAAGCAUCACUUUGACCACUGGACUUCAGCCAGAAGAGAAACCGACUUCCAACAGGGAAUCAAUGGGAGCAUGCCACCUGCCCAAAUGCCUCUCACCUCCUCUUAUCCGAAAGGAGGGCAGAGUGGGCGAUUCCACAGAUGACGAUGAAGAGGAUGAAGAAAGUGAGGACAGCGAUGAAUCUGACGAGGAACUCCGCUGCUACAACAUCCAGGAGCACAGUGAAGAGAGCGAAGAGGAACAUUCCACUGUCCCCAUUGUGAUCACUGAUAACGCCAGCGCUGGUCACUUGCGAAGUCUUCUAAAGACGCCUAACUUCUUGCCCCAGACUGCCUCAGAGGACUGUGAUAGGAAGAAGAAGGCCGUAUCUUUCUACGAUGAUGUUACUGUCUAUUUAUUUGAUCAGGAAAGUCCAACACUGGAUGUGGCAGAUCAGGAGUUCCCAGAACUGCCAUCUGUGCUGCAGGAGGUCCAGCAGAUAACCUAUAAGGAGUCCUCCAACCACCUCUUAGAUGGCAGCUUUGAAUGGGACGGCGAGAUGCCUGUGAAACCUGUGAAAAGCUCCUUCGUCACCUCACUCUCACCAGCGAUGCUGAAUACGGAAGUGACCACCAGUACCCCGGAGCCCGUACCGCUGCCCGUCCAGAAGCCGGCGCUGCCCGUUCAACUCUCCAGGUUCAGCGUGUCUCCAACUGCCGUGUCCCGGUUCUCCAUAACGCAGGUGGCGGACAAUGCCGCGGGACCGCUGGAAGGU